AUGCAAAACAACAACGAUGAAUAUUAUAAACAAAUUUUUCAUUCAAAUGUGUAUUUAAAUUAUGACAAUCAUUCAAUAAUUAAGAUCAAUUUAACAAAUCGAUUUCGUUUAUACAUAUUUUGUUUUUUAAUUUUAACUUCAGCAUCCACUGCUUUACCUAUUCCUCCAGUGAAUUCCAACCAAGCGAAUAGUCUAUCGUACAUACAGCAACCUUCGACAACAUUUUCCAUUGAAAUAUUUCAAUUCAAAGAUUCUUCGACACCAUCUAUCUAUCCUCAACUAGAUAAAUAUAAUGUCUAUCGGCAUAUUCCCAUUGCGAGUUAUUCAAAUAAUGCUGUCAUUCAAGUCUACGACGACAAAAAUCUUAAUAAUCAACCACAAUUAAGACGCGAACGGUAUCGACGUGCAAUGAUAGAUAGAAUGUUUCUUAUGUUUGAUGAGGAUGCUGAUGGACAAAUGACAAAAGAUGAAUUAUAUUCAUUAAGUUUACGUUUAAAUAUUUUUCCAAAAAUGCAUCAUUUUCUUAAACAAAGUUCAAUACGGAAAUAG